CCGUCCCGCAGCGGGUCACGUGACGUGAGUGCGUACGCGCCGUGGCUGACAGUGAAGAUGGCGGACGGGGAGGGAGGCAGCAGGCUGGAUGGUAGGGCUCGGCCGCAAGACGCGGGCGAGCACUCUCUCUGCGCCAUGGACAGCUUACUGGACACGCUGGGCGGGCUGGAGGACGAGCUACGCGGGCAGGGGGUCUCGGAAACCUCCACCGCCGAGUACUGCAACCGCUUCUGCCAGGCGCUCAUGCAGUAUGCUGGCAGCCGGAACUCGGUGGAGCACGGCUUGCCUCUUCUCGAGGUGUAUCGGCUGUCCAUCCAGAGCUUCGCUGCAGUGAGGCCUCUUCUCAGCUGUGACUCUGACAGCGUGGCCUUGGUCCUGAAGAGACUGGCACUGAGCUGUUUUGAACUGCUGCUUUCAGUGCCUGAUAAUGAAAUCCCAUAUGAUUCUUGGUUACAGUUUCACCACACUGUUCAGGUGGCCCAUAAUACUCUGGUGGAGUUUGGGAACACGGACCUGCAGGCUCUUCUGCGCAUCACCAGUGAGGGUGGAGCAUGGAAGAACGCUGUUCUUGUCAGCCUGUUCACGGCACAGCCCGUUGACCCCGAGCAAGUGAGUAAGUACAUUGCUCUGGAGGGGGCUGCUUUCCUGGAGAUGCGGAUAAAACAUCUGCUGAAUGCAGGAGAAGUGGCCAAGGCCAUGAUACUGGCCAAGAUUUGCUUGGAGAAUGAACACAUUUCAAACAAGACCAGCUUGCGUGAGAUGUACAUCUCCCAACUCUGCAGCAUGAUGCCUAGUGAGGAGGCCAUUAAAGAGAUUUCCAGUGUGGAUGGUAAAGAAGUGUUAGAUAUAAUCUGCAAUUUGGAAGCAGAUGGCCAGGAAAACAAUGCCUUCAUCCUCUGCACGACUUAUCUCACACAGCAGCUGCAGCAGGAGAACAUUUAUUGCUCAUGGGAACUAACUCUUUUUUGGAGUAAGCUGCAGAAAAGAAUAGACCCCUCUUUAGAUUCCUUCUUGGAUCGAUGUCGGCAGUUUGGUCUCAUUGCCAAGACUGUGUACCAUCUUCUUUUCCUGGUCAAAGUCAUCCAAACAGAGGCAGAGCAACUGGGUCUGGCUGCAUCGAUUGAGCUGUGUGUCAGAGCGCUGCAGAUUCCACAGCAGGAUGAUGCAGAGACCAAGACGUCUGUCUGCAAGAUGGUGGCUUGCCUUUUGCCAGAUGACCUCGAGGUUCUCCGUGGUUGCCAGCUCACAGAGUUCCUCCUCAGCCGUUCACAAGAGGCCUAUGAUUCUCUGGAAGAGCUCUAUUUGAAACCUGACCAAAAGUAUGACGAGGAAAACAGUAUCAUCUCAAACUCCUUGCGCUGUGAGCUCCUGCUUGCCCUCAAAGCCCAUUGGCCUUUUGAUCCAGAAUUCUGGGACUGGAAGACCCUGAAGCGACACUGUUUAAAACUCCUUGGUCUUGAACCCUCUGAUGUGUCAGAGGAAGAAGAAGAAGAAGAAGAAGAAGAAGGAGAAGAUCUCAGCAAGCAGGAGCAGGAAGAGAUUGAGUGUGGCUCUAACGCUGUUACGACUGACCAGAGACAAGAGACUGAAGAUGACCAGCAGUUGGACCAAAAGCAGGACAGACAACCUCUGAAGCAAGUAAUGAAGAAAAAGAAAGAGAUUGGUACUUCAGAGCGGUACCAGAGGUGGCUAAAAUACAAGUUCUUUUGCCAGAUAUGCAAGAGAGAGGUCAUUGAAGCACGUAUCCUACACCACUCCAAGAUGCAUUUGGAAAAUGGUGUUUUCACCUGUCCUGUCUGCCUCCAGAAGUUUCAGGGCAAGCAGGAGUUUAUGCCACAUAUUACUGAGCAUAUUCGGAUGCCAGCUAGGAAGAACACACAUUCCCAGAAAAAGAAAAAGGUGAAAAAGAAGAAGGUCAUAAAGCUGGAGGAGGAUGUGGAUGAAGAAGAUAUGGAUGAUAUGGAACCAGGGGAGAUCAAGUUGGAUCCAUCCCUGAUGAUGUACUACCAGUCUACAGCUGACCCUGAUGUCUUGGAGCAAUUACUGCAGCAGACAAAACCAAGUAAGCCAGCUGAAGAUGACUACAUCACUUUCAGCUACAUUGAUACUCAUUUUGAAUUGCAAGACCGUGAUGUUUACCCAUGUCCUGCUACAGACUGCACACGGAAUUUUAAACAUUUCAAAUAUUUAAGUGUGCACUUGAAAGCAGAGCAUGCAAAGGACGAUGACAACAUAAAGCACUAUUUGGAGAUGAAGGACCGUCGGGAGAAGUGUACUUUUUGCCGCCGCCACUUCUUCACUGCCUAUCAUCAUCGAAAGCAUAGACGCGUUCACUAUGGAGAGCAGCCUUACAUGUGCGUGGCCAUUGGCUGUGGAGCUCGCUUCAACACCACCAAUGAGCUUGUUUCGCACAAGCAGGGUCAUGGCUACCGCCUGAGCUACCACUGUGAGCUGAAGGGCUGCACCCUCACCUUCAGUGACCUGGGGCAACUCUAUCACCAUGAGGCUCAACAUUUCAGGGAUGCUGCCUACAGUUGCGUCCAUCCUGGCUGCAAGAAGUUUUAUUACUCUAAAAAGGAAUUUCUCAAACACUUGGCUGUUCAUGGAUUGACAUUCACCGAGGAGGACUUCAUCGCUCAGAGAAAUAUGAAACGGAAACCCGUGGACCCCUUUGCGGAACUGGCUGCCGGGAACACUGCCGAAGACAAAACUGAAAGUGCGAAUGAGGGAAAAUCUCAUUUACAAGAGGCUGUAGAGAGCAUAAAAAAAGAGACGGAGUCAUUGCCAUUAUCUAACACCUGCACCUCCACUUCUCAACCAUCAGCUAGUAAGGAGCUCACUGGAACAGUGACCAGUGUUGCUGUGUGUUUUGAUGGCAAAAGGUUCACCUGUGGUUUUGAAGGCUGUGGCCGGACGUAUACCCUGGCAAGAGACAUCCAGAAGCAUCUGAAGACUGUACACCCUGCGCAGUUCAAGCAUGAGAAAAAGGGGCAAAGUUUAAAAAAACAGAGCAAGGAAAAGAGUUCAAAGCUUAAGAGUAUUAAACAGCAGGGUCAUCAGGAUCAGAGCGCCCGCAGCCAUUCAAGUUCACAGCCAAUUCCGACAACUAGCCAGAAGAAUUCUGUUCCUCCAUCAGGAGACAUGGAUAAUUCCACGUCGGCUUCACCAAGCUCGUGCAUUGAUGAUUAUUUAAAGGACAUAUUGCUGGGAUUCAGUCAACUGAGUCUGAAUAACACCAUCUUGCCUGGUUCAGAAGUCCCAUGCAAUUCAAUCUCAGGGUCUUCCAUUUCACAGAUAUCUUCACCUCCCCCUUCAUGUGCUAGCUCCCCUGCCAAGGCAGUAGGGAAGAAGGUAUCUUCAAAACCGCAGGCUGACCCAUGUAGUGUGUCUAAAGGGCAGCCACCUACGCAGAAGUCAAAGGCCGAAGCGUCGCAAUCCCCUUCUCCAUCACCACAGAAGGACAAACACAUAAACCAGUUCCUGGUUCAGCCCACUACGAAGCCUUUCGUCUGUGAAGUAAAAGGAUGCAGCUUCAGAAGCGUCACCAGUUCUGCCCUUAUGGUGCACUACCUGAAAAAGCAUGGUUUUUCCAAGGAGAAAGUAAAAGAGAUGGAAAUCUUCAAGUCAAGCAAAUUCAAGCCAUUCAGGUGCCACCUUUGCCCAAGAAGUUUUAGUAAGAAGUCAGAACUGAGGGUCCACUUUAUUAGCAAACACCACCUUAGCGAGAACUUGGUGGAGCAAAUGAGCUGUUCCUUGAAGAGGAGAAGUGAAAGCAGCAAGAACCUAACAGCAAAUGCCCCUGAUCCCCCAGACAGUGGUGUUUACCUAAAGGAUACCAGUCGCCCAGAAAAGAAGCAGUGUGUUAAGGUGCAGCAAAACAAAGGGGCUACAGACUGUACACAGAAGUACCAAAAGAAUAAACAAUGCACAUGGUUGACGGAGGGCAAGUGGGAAAAGGGAACAAAGCUUGAAAUCAAGCAGGAGGACAAGAACAAGAAGGUGGAUGUGCAAUCUCAGUCUCCUCUGGCCUUGCAGGACAAUGCGGAAGAGGAGGAUGAAGAGGAGGAGGUAACUCGGGAAGGAAGAGGCAGCCGGCGCUUAGUGGCAAAGAACAACCUUUGUUACAUUCUAACCAAAUACCAUAAGCCUUUCCACUGUGUGCACAAGGGCUGUAGCUCAGCCUUCACCAACCAGAAUGGACUGAUUCGCCACCUCCAGUCAGUGCACCGCUACAACCGGUCUCAGCUGUGUCUGGAAGGGGACAUGCAGCAAGGAGGAGGAGCCAGGAAGGACUUGGUAAAACCCAGGAGGUUUCUGUGCAAGCAUAAGGGCUGUGGAAAACAUUUUCACAGUUCAUCUGGCCUAGCACGACACUACCGUGAGUUUCACCGACUAAAUCGAGAAACCCAGGAUUCAACAACUCCUGCUUCAGAAGACCCCAUACCUAGAUUUAGCUGCACUUACAAUGAUUGCACGGCCAGUUACCAUCUCUACAGCAGCUUGCUCCGGCACCUUCGUCACAUACACCGAGACCACGGCCCACAGAAAACCGCACCAUGCCAGCUGCGCUGUUCAUUUGAGGGUUGCACUCGUGUGUUUUCCCAGCACUCUAGUUACAAGCAGCAUGUUUUCUACAGUCAUUGGGACUACUAUAACUCGUUUGUCCUGAGGCUUCAGAAUGACGAGAAGGACAAGUCUGCCAGUGGAUGCCAAAAAAAGCUAAUCAUUGCUGGCACCCAGCCACUGCCACGUAAAACAAGCCCCACACCCAGGCUACCUCUUAGGCAAUCUUUGAGAAAUACCUCAAGGUCUCAAGACACCCCCAAGGAACAAACUGUAAAAAAGGAGAGCUCAUCAAGAAGGGAUCGUAACCUGGUCUUCCGAACCCCUGAAGAGGCCUUGCAGAUGUGCCAAGAUCGUUGUUUUGCAGUUGCUUACCCUUGCAUGUUACAGGAUUGUGAUUCUGUAGUCACUUUGGAGAAGAGCUUGCGUCGGCACUAUGUUCGCUGCCACCGGCUGUCCUCUACCUAUGUGAAAUUGAAUUAUGAGAAGCUGGUGAACAAUGCAGAGAAGCUGGAGGAACUGAUUCAGAAGAAAUCUGCGCUUUCUACUCAUUCAGAGGUAGAUAGAGCCCCUAAUGGGGUAUUGAAGGUAGAGUACCAAGCAGAGCCAGAAAACCAUGUGGGUCCAAAGCUUCCUAUGAGCCUGCACUCUAUCAAAACAGACCCACUGGAUGGGCAGGACCCUAUGGGGUUUGGUGAGGAGAGCUCUGAAAAUAACCUCUUGGUUGACGCUGAUGACUUGCUGUAUGGAGAGGCUUUAAAAAAUGGACACAGUGACCGAAGGGAGAGGACCCUCAAGAACAGUCAUGAGGAGAAACCUAAAUUGCUUGCCACACCCCCUUCCUCGCUCCGAUUCACAAUAGACGAAGGUUUCCUAGAUUAUUCCGGUAAAGGAGGUGGCAAAGGAUUGGGACCCUUAAACAAUCCCUCCCGGCAACCUCUGAAACGCAAGAAUGAACUGGAGGAGCCACUUCCAGGUCCCAAAGACAUUCAACAGAGCCGCCUUCCCCACAGCCCCACCUCCAGGACGUUCGAUCUGACGGCUUACAAGCCCAUGGGGUUUGAGUCGUCCUUCCUCAAGUUCAUCCAGGAGAGCGAGGACAAAGAAGAUGAGUUUGAGGAGAGUGGCCCGUGGGACUCGCGCCACCCGGAGCCUCAGGUUGUGCCCAGGCGCCGGGACCUGCAUCGUCGGAGCUGCUCUGUGAAAGAGAACAGCCAAAGUGGCCUUGCGCUUGCCCGUACCCGAAAUUGCUCGCUUCAUGGUAAACUGUCAGCCUUCAAACCACGGCUUUCUGCGGGAGAGUCCGCUACAGUGAAAAAUUUGAGGUCUAUUUUAGACAAAGCACUGACAGACUGUGGGGACCUGGCCAUCAAACAGCUUCAUUACCUCAAGCCCGUGGUGGUGCUGGAAAGGUCCAAGUUCUCAACCUCUUUGUUAGAUCUCUUCCCAACUAAAAAGACUGAUCAGCUUCGCCUUGGAAGUUCUUAAAAUUUACAAACUCAUAGUGUGUUGUGUACCGAACUUAAUGACUGUUUCAGUAUUUUUUAUUUUUUGUAUUAAAUAAUAAUUGCCAAAACUGUAAAAGAACAGUUCCCUUAAGUGGGAUCAAAUUCAAUUGGGGGUAAAAAAGGUAUAACCAGUGGUUUCAUAGAAAUGUAACAAUGCAUAUCUGCAUUUCCCAUCGUUUUUUCAAAAUCAAUCCCAAUAAAAAAUUAAUUUCAAUGGUGCUAAAUUAUACUAAUUAUACCCUUUUGAGAAAGUUUUGCAUGGUUGUAUACAUAAACUCUUUCUUUACUGGGGUGGGGCCGAGUUUUAUAUUGUCGAUUAAGUGAAAGACUUGAAUGUGCACUUCAGAAGGGGUGCUCCUUGUAAUAUAAUGUACACUACAGUGGGUUUUCUAUGUUUUGGGUUUUUUUGGUUUAAAUAAAUACCAAAUAAAUUACACUUUUUUUGUCUUCACACUGUACAAGGACAUCAGCUGCAGAGUUGCAAGUAAUUUUAGUGACCCGUUUUUGUACAGAAGCAUUUAGAUGGGAAAUAGUUUAUAAGCAAAAGGAGGCCAUUCUGCCCAUCUAACUUGUUUGGUUGCUUGUAACCAGUUGGAUCUGAGGAUCUUGGCUGGCUGGGGUAGGUUGCCUCAUAUCUUUACAAAUCUUUGUGUAAAGUUCUCAGUUCUAAUGCACUUGCACUUAGGUUUAUCUGUGUAAUCUGGUGUGUGAUAUAUCAUUAAUGAAGUGAUUUAUUAAUUGCUAGUUGUUCAGUUUUUUAAUUCUUUUCAGACAAUGCAUCUGCCUAUACAUGGCAUACAUUUACUCAUCAUUAGCCACAAUGCAGGCCCCAGAAAUUGUAAGUUCUGUGCUGAAAAUUGACUAGCUUUAUGCAACCCCAGGACAGAAGCACUUAAAAGUUUAUCUCCCACAGCCCAAAGUUUAGAAAUGUCAUUAAAAUAAUUUCAGACGGUUCCUAAUUAAAACGGGGAAUUCUUUAACCAAGAUCCUGCCAGUAUAGUCCCACAUACAGUACUUACAAGAGAUCAAUCAUGCUUUUUAUCAUGUGAAGGUUAUUUUCUUGGAACCUCAAAUUGAGGAUUGUAAUCCAGUCAUUAAAGUGAAAGAUAUUUAGACAGAAACAUUAGUUUUUCCUUACCAUGCUGGAACAUGCAUAUUAGCUGCAAAAGUUGGCAUCAGUGACAAGGUAAUACUGCUGAAGGAGCCUCUAGAAAUUCAAAACCUACAGUGGAUGCUAUUGGAUGAAUUUCUGCCUUAUUGUAAACUUGGAUUUGUUUUAAAAUCAGGUUUAAUAAAUUACCAAGGUACACUAUAAAACUGCCAGCCAUUCUUAUGUUGUAUUAAUGAUGAGACUGAUUAAGAUGGCAUUUGGACAAAGGAAUUCCCAUUAAAGAAAACUUUUAUUUCACUAAAAAUAAAACUUUGUCUCCCUAAA